AUGCGAUUAUCCUCCCAACGACGCCGGGCGGCGCGACGCCCCCGUCUGUUGAGCUCGAGCGUUGCGUCGUUGGCAAUUAUUGCGCCUUCGGUUGCACGUGCCUUCAACAUCACAGCAGCUCCCCCCGCGAACCUCGAUUUCUCCCAGCUGGGAAGUAUAGGCAUAGCCGGAGACUUCAAUGGAAUCUCACUCUACCAGUUCCAGGAGCAGAUUGCACAGCCCUUGAGCACGAAUGGCAGCGAAUACCUAUUGACACAGCUACCAAAUGGCGCUCUCGCCCCCAUUGCCGCAACCGACGCGUCGAUUCUGGCCAUGUGCUCGUUGACGCUCAAGGAUGGCGCCGAGGGUGUGUUCCUGGGUGGAAACUUUACCAGCAUGGACGGCAUCAAGUCAACAGCCAUCGCCAUCUAUAAUGCCAACACAACCACGUUUACGCCGCUUGAAGGACUCGAGGGCGAGGUCAAUGCGCUGCUGUGCGACGAUGCCAAGGGAAUAGUUUAUGUGGGCGGAAACCUUAAGGGGGGCAACUCGACAAAUGCGAUUGCGUGGAAGGUUGAUGGCAACUGGACGAACCUGCCCUUUGCAGGCUUCAAUGCCCCUGUGAGCUCCAUUACAAAGGCAGCCAACGGCCAUGUCAUUUUUGGCGGGAGCUUCACUGCUUUGGGCAAUGUUACUGCGCCAAACAAGGCGGAUGGACAGGCUAUCAAUCUUUCUACCGCGAAUAUCUCGGCCGACAACACCGCCUCGACCAAGGGCUUCAACGACCCCAAGAAUGUCAUCUGUAACGAUGGCCUUGGAGCGCCAGGAAAGACUUGGCUGCUCCAGGACGAGGUCCCUGGAUCUUGGCAGGCGACCUUUGACUUUGGAUUUGAGCCCACCAAGCUGCGGCUAUGGAAUACACAUCAAGAUGGACGGGGCACAAAAACGUUCCGCUUCAUCGCCUUACCGAUUAACGGCAUCAUGAACUUUACCUAUAUCGAUCCUGCUACAGGAAAAAACUCGAGCUGCACAAGCGAGUGCCCGCUGAGCCACGACCCCAAGGUUCUAUACCAAGACUUUCAUUUCGUCAAUAGAAUUGGCAUGAACGCUUUCCAAAUCGACAUUUCAGAUUGGUAUGGAAAGGGAGCUGGUCUCAAUAGUGUACAGCUGUUUGAGGACAAUAUGUUCUCCUACGCCAUCAACUCUUUCAACGAGCCGUCGUGCAACAUCACCUUCCCUUCCAGCGCCUCUGCAACCGGGCCUUGGAAGCAGUCGCCUUCUUUGCAGAGCGAUUCAAAGUAUCUGACAGCACAGCUAUCCAGUCCCAUUUCGUCCAAAUCAGCCUCUGUCGUUUUCGUACCCAACAUCAUUGAAUCUGGCAACUACUCUGUCAACAUGUAUACCCCGGGUUGCGUGCCCGAUGGCUCGUGCCUGACUAGAGGUCGUGUCAAUAUUACCGGCAUCAUGUCAAGCGGCACCAUUCAAUCAAACUUUACUACUUCAAUCUACCAGACCAACAACUUUGACAAAUACGAUCAGAUCUACUUUGGUUAUAUCGAAAGAACCUCAGACACCUUCAGACCAAAAGUUACACUCACCCCUCUCGACGGCCAAGACCUGAGUGAAAUGACCUUUGUGGCUCAAAAAGUCGGCUUCACUCUUCUCAACUCGACUGGAAACCUCAACGGCCUCUUCGACUUUGACCCAAGCCAAACAAAGAUGGACAUAUCUAGCCUGGACGAAUCGCCAGUUAACCAGCUUGGUGCCAGUUUCGAUCACAAUACGGGCGUCAACUCUCUUGCAACGUCAGGUGAUAUCACUUACAUCGGCGGUAACUUUACCUCGGAUGCACACCAGAACUUCGUUGCCAUCGAUACCAGCGGCAAGGUUAUGCCUCUCAACGGAGGUCUCAACGGCCAAGUAUUAGAUAUGUAUCUCCAGGACACGAAGCUAUUCGUAGGUGGAGACUUUACAAAUUUACGAUCCAACGGGAAAAGCGGGUUGAAUCAUGUGGCGGUUUAUGACACAAAGAGCCAGUCCUGGAGCGCAUUGGGUGCAGGCGUCAAUGGCAGAGUCGAGCAGGUUGUGGCAUUCCAGGUCAAUAUUAGCAGCGUGACUGAGAAUGCCAUUGCCCUGACAGGUUCCUUCUCCGAAUGCGAAGCCUAUGGUGGCUAUGAAGCACUUGCCGUCGACGGAUUUGCUGUUUGGGUUUUGUCAAGAGACAAUUGGCUGCAGAAUCUGGAUGGCCCGACUCCGGACUUUGGCGGAAUGCUCACAGCCUCUCAGCUGAACCUCACCACCGGCAAUUCCCUCUUCGCAGGCUCCAUCGAGUCUUCGCAAUUGGAGGCCAAUGGUGCCGUCACGCUUAGUGACCAAGGAUUAGGUCAAUUUCCAGUUCAUAUCCAGCAGAGUAGUCAAUCAUCUGGCAACAAGCGACGGGAUCUCUCCCCACAACCCACAUCUGGUGUUCUGACGGGAGCCUUUUACACCGGAAACAAUAGCAACAGCAACAGCAACAUUACAGUUCUCGCAGGUCAUUUCUCGGCUCGGGCUUCCGAUGGCUCUACCAUUAAUAACCUGGUUUUCAUCGACGGCGCCAACAACAACACCGUCACCGGACUCAAGUCUGGCAUAUCCUCAUCAUCAGUCUUCACCAGUGUCACUUUUCUCGGAAGCGUCCUCUAUGCGGGUGGAAAUGUCACCGGCAAUGUUGAUGGCAGCAGCGUCAGCGGUCUCAUCGCCUACGAUGUUGCUUCCAAAUCGUUUUCCAGCCAACAACCUGCGUCACUGCUGGGCGGGAAUCAGACUCUGUCUGUCGUCACUGUUCGACCUGACACUUCAGAGAUCUAUGCAGGCGGCUCAUUCGAGAAGGCCGGCGCUCUGGACUGCCCUGGUGUUUGCACUUAUAAUGCCGACACUGCUCAAUGGUCAAGGCCUGGCAGUACCCUGGCUGGACGAGUCAGCUGCUUCUUGUGGCACAGCAAGUCUCAGCUCAUUGCUGGUGGCGAUUUGCGUACCAAUGGAACCAACACAGGAUUCCUUGCCCUGUACGAUGCCAACAAACAGGUUUGGACGGACUUUGCGGGCGCCAGUCAGAUCCCGGGCCCUGUCAACGCCAUCACAGCCGCUUCGAAUGAUAACAGUCAGAUCUGGAUCUCUGGUAACUCGCCGAACGGAUCCGUCUUCAUCAUGAAAUAUGACGGCAAGCAAUGGCAGACCCCUCAGUUGCUACCACCCCCAGGCAGCAACGUCCAGAGCUUGCAAGUUUUUACAGUGACCAAGCCCCACGCCAAGUCAGCUCUUUUCGAUGAUCAGGAAGUGUUAAUGCUCACCGGCUCCAUACCUUUCCCCAAUGUCGGAAUGGCCUCGGCCGUCAUUUACAACGGUACCGACUACCUGCCUUACGCUCUAACCAGCACGGACACUGGAGCUGGAAGCAUUGCCAAAAUAUUCUCGCAAAAGGACAACUUCUUUACAUCUAGCACUAAACACUUACCUCUUGUUUUCGUUGUCCUCAUCGGCCUCGCCAUCUCGCUGGCACUUAUUGUUAUCCUCGUCGUUUCAGGAAUCGUAUUAGAUCGGAUACGCAAGAAGCGCGAAGGAUAUUCGCCAGCACCAACCUCCAUGUACGAUCGUGGAAGCGGUAUUCAACGGAUACCACCUCGUGAACUACUUGAGCAGCUUGAGAGAACCCGGCCUGGAGAAGCACCGCACGUAUGA